AUGUCGCUGCUCACGCUGCACGUCGGCAGCAGCCUGGCACAGGCAGUGCUGACCAUUCUCAUGACCUCCUAUGGCUACGCCGCUACAUUCGUUAUGUCCUUUACCGUUUGUCGGCUCAUUCUAUUUGGCAGUCUCUUGCCACUCUAUCUUGGGAAGCUGUCAUGCACUAUCAUCCCCACAGUGGUUCGGAACUUCCUCAGCCUGUUCUCCAGUCAAGGGAGGAAAAGGCUUAUCCGAGAGGCAGAAGAGUACCGGGGUCAAUGUGAGUCUCUGGCCAUCGCCCAGUGCCAAGGCACAUAUCGCUUCAGCGAGUCCAAUUUGUAUCGACUCCGUCCUCAGGGACCAGGAUGGAUGCCCGACUUCCCCUGGGCUGAUUGCAUGGUGGAGAUGGCCAUCUGUGGAGCCACUGUCCGCUUCAUGCAUCAGAAACCAACACUCGACGGUCCCGCAGGCCGCAGGCGCCCGAUCAUCUUCCUGCAUGGGAAUCCGAGCUGGAGCUAUAUUUGGAGAAAUAUCCUUCCUCAUCUGCUGGACCAAGGUCAUGAAGUCUAUGCGCUCGACUGGCUCGGGCACGGUCGCAGUGACAAGCCGACCCAUCCCGAAUCGGUUACCUUUGAACUACAUAUUCACACGCUUAUGCAGUUGUUCAAGGUCCACAAUCUCCGCCAUGCAACCAUCGUCGCGCAUGACUGGGGUGGGUGCGUCGCAUUGUGCGCAAUCCCGCAGCUGCCUCAGAUGGCCUGCACUUGCCUCCUUCUCCUGAACUCCUUUCUGCCACCGCGUCCGGACGAAUGGAACCUUCACUACAGCUUACUCUAUGCCAUCUGGUUUCUUUCGACGGGCCUCCUGGGCGGCUAUAUGCCUGAGUGGGGAGUGAUGCGUUUCAUGUCCCCACACUUGUCGCAAUUCGAGAUCGAUGGGUACAGUGCGCCAUAUCGAUCUCUCCCAGUAGCCACCAAGGCCAGUGUCUUCCGGUUCGGGCACAUUGUCCCGGUUACACCGCGCUUUGCCUUACAUGGCCUCCGGCAGACGCGGAUCUGGAAAUUGUUGGAGGGUCUCUGCGGACCGCGUCAUUUUGACAACCUAAGUCAACAGGCCAGACUGGCAAAGCGCGGGGAAGAGGUCCGACAGAGCUGGAGAGCGUGCCUCGGAAAGGGUAACCCAGAUGUUUUGGUGGUGUUCGGAGAGCAAGACCCGCUCUUGAAGCUGUACAAGGACAUCCUCGUCGAUUGCAUCCAUCCGGCACAUAUGGUUGAAUGGGCGCCACAGGGCAUAUGGCUUUCUGGAGGAGGCCACUACCCCAUGGAAGAGAAAGCGGCUGAUAUAUCCCUCUUGAUCGAAAAGCUUGCAAGCCAAUGA